CCUUCCGCUUGAAGUUGAAUCGCAUCAAAGUCGCACUUUUAUGUGUUUGACUCUCACUUCAAAGGAGACAGACAGCACUGCACUCACGAGCCGGAGAGUUCCGAAGAUCCUUCUGGUGGAAUGACAGACCGGACAGGGACCAACACCAAGUUCAGCGUGCUCUGCAGUCUCUUCACUUGGAUGCAGCGGAGCAAGUCGUCCGCCAAGAAGCGUUCCAAGUUCCGCAAGUUCCUCGACGCCUUCUGCGAUCCUGGCAACUACUUCUGUCCCAUCCGCCUGAUCCUUCCAAACCUCGACCGAGAGCGCGGCAACUAUGGUCUUAAGGAGUCCGUCCUCGCCACCUGCCUCAUCGACGCCCUCGGCAUGUCCCGCGACUCCCACGAUGCCCUCCGCCUCUUCAAUUGGCGCAAAGGCGGUGCCCGCUCCGGCUCCAAUGCCGGCAACUUCUCCCUCGUCGCAGCUGAGGUAUUGCAGCGAAGGCAAGGGAUGGCUUCCGGUGGACUAACAAUCCAGGACGUGAACGAUUUGCUUGAUCGCUUGGCUUCUUCUGAAAAUAGGGCUGAGAAGACAUCGGUUCUUUCUACUCUGAUAAACAAGACAAAUGCUCAGGAAAUGAAGUGGAUUAUCAUGAUUAUUCUUAAAGAUUUGAAGCUGGGGGUUAGUGAAAAGAGCAUUUUUCAUGAGUUCCAUCCUGAUGCUGAAGACUUGUUUAAUGUGACAUGUGACCUAAAAUUGGUUUGUGAAAGGCUAAGGAGUCGAAGACAAAGGCAUAAACGCCAGGAUAUUGAAGUUGGAAAAGCUGUGCGCCCACAACUAGCUAUGAGAGUUGCUGAUGCUACAGCUGCAUGGAAAAAGCUUAAUGGGAAGGAAGUGGUUGCUGAAUGCAAAUUUGAUGGUGAUCGCAUUCAAAUUCAUAAGAAUGGAACUGAGAUACACUUCUUCUCAAGGAACUUUCUUGAUCACUCUGAAUACGUGCAUGGGAUGUUGGAUGUUAUUAUACAAAAUGUUCUGGUCGAUAGAUGUAUACUUGAUGGUGAAAUGUUGGUCUGGGACACAUCUUUGAAUCGUUUUGCUGAGUUUGGUUCAAAUCAGGAAAUAGCCAAGGCCGCGAAGGAUGGACUGGACAGUGAUAGACAGUUGUGCUAUGUUGCAUUUGACAUUCUUUAUGUUGGGGAUACCAGUGUAAUUCACCAAAGCUUGAAGGAACGGCACGAGCUCCUGCAGAAAGUUGUGAAGCCUCUGAAGGGUCGUUUGGAAAUCUUAGUACCUAAUGUUGGACUUGGUCUUAAUAUUCUCCGCCCUUCUGGGGAACCUUGUUGGUCACUUAUUGCUCAUAAUGUGGAUGAUGUUGAGAGGUUCUUCAAAGAAACCAUUGAGAAUAGAGAUGAAGGGAUUGUGUUAAAGGACCUUGGUUCCAAAUGGGAACCUAGUGAUCGGAGUGGAAAGUGGUUGAAAUUGAAGCCUGACUAUAUUCGUGCUGGCUCUGAUCUGGAUGUUCUUAUUAUAGGAGGAUACUAUGGCUCUGGACGUCAUGGUGGGGAGGUAGCUCAAUUCUUGGUGGGCCUUGCAGAGCGUCCUGCACCAAAUACAUACCCUAGGCGAUUUAUUUCUUUCUGUAGAGUGGGUACUGGACUUUCUGAUGAGGAGCUGGAUGCUGUUGCAACCAAAUUGAAGCCUCAUUUUAGGAAAUAUGAAUACCCAAGGAAUGGGCCACCAACUUUUUAUCAAGUAACGAAUAACUCAAAAGAAAGACCGGAUGUGUGGAUUGACAGCCCUGAGAAAUCAAUAAUUCUUUCCAUUACUAGUGAUAUCCGAACUAUAAGGUCUGAGGUAUUUGCUGCACCAUAUAGCCUGAGAUUUCCACGUAUUGACCGAGUCAGAUAUGACAAACCUUGGCACGAAUGCCUCGAUUUGCAAUCUUUUGUAGAACUCGUACAUUCAAGCAAUGGUACUACACAAAUGGGGACAAAUUAUGGUGGCCUCCAGGAAAGCAAACCAAAACGCUUGAAAUCCUCUAAGGGAGCGAAAAAGAAUGUCUCUGUUGUACCUUCUCAUUUGCUAAAGACUGAUGUUUCUGACAUUAAAGGGGGCUCCUCAAUAUUUUCGAAUAUGAUGUUUUACUUUGUUAAUGUUCCAUCAACCGUCUCUCUUGAUUCUUUGCACAAAAUGGUUGCUGAGAAUGGAGGGACUUUCUCGAUGAAUUUGAAUAAAUCAGUUACCCAUUGUGUUGCAGCUGAUAGCAAGGGGAUUAAGUAUCAGGCAGCAAAACUUCGUGGUGAUAUUAUUCAUUGUUCUUGGGUAUUGGAUUGCUGCUCAGAAAAGAAGCUUCUCCAUUUACAGCCAAAGUACUUCCUUUUCCUUUCUGAAUCAUCAAAGAAGAAGUUACAAGAAGACAUUGAUGAAUUUUCUGACUCAUACUAUCAGGAUCUUGAUCUUCUGGACAUCAAACAGCUAUUAAGUAAUGUGAACAGAUCUGAGGAUAUGAAAACUAUCGACUACUAUAAGAAGAAGUACUGUCCAAAGAAGAAAUGGUCUCUCUUUCAUGGCUGCUGUGUUUACUUCCACUCUUCAAUAUCAUCCUUGAAUCCAGAUUGGGAAGUUCUGUGGAGACUUGCAUUAAGGAGGUUGAAGCUUGAGGUUUCCAUGGCUGGUGGAAAAGUCAGCAGCAGUCUUGCUCUUGCUACCCAUUUGGUAGUCUUUUCUGUACCAGGUCUUGAUGUGGACUUUGGAACCAUAUCAAAAGGUUUAUCUCUGUCGGAGAAGCAUCUAUUAUGGAACAAGGUGUUGCAUGUUGUGAAAUCUCAAUGGUUGGAAGACUGCUUGGAGAGGGACCAAAGAUUGCCAGAAGAAACAUAUAGCUUGAAGGUGAUUGGGGUGCACAAUUCAAACACUGUAGAGUGCAAACAUGAUAAACAUGACCUGGAUUUAGGAGCUCUUUCUGGAUCGGAUAAUGAAGAAAAACAGAAUAUGCACUCUUCUCCUGAUGCAAGGAAACAGGGAAGAGAGGAAGCUCCUUUAGCGAAACCUAAAAUUUUGGCCUCAUACGAGGGGGUGGGGAAAAGGAAACGAGGAAGACCUGCUGGUACAAGCAGGAAAUUUAAAGGAAAAACAACCAUGGUUCAAGCUCGGAGAACACGGGCACGUAUUGGAAAGAGGCCUGCUAAAAUAUCUGAUAAUGAAUCAGACGAAAGUGGAUCUCAUGAUGAGAAGACGCACGGGAAAGAGAUCAAAAUGAUGGAAGGAAAUCAUGAAAUGAUGGAAGGAAAUCAUGAAAUGGCAGGCAAUGGAAGCUCAGAAAUCGAAGAGACUGAAAUGGUAGAAGCAUUUGAAUCAUCACCUAGGGGCAAGGUGGCUGAGCAAGAGGUUGAAAAGGAUGUUCCUGAAGUGGGAUUGACUACAACCCUAAGUAGCCAACACAGUGAGAGGCCCGAGAAGUUGGAAGUUAUGACUGAUCCGGUUCAAGCCAUGUUAUUGGACAUGAUUCAAAGUCUCGGAGUGACGGCAGUCAGGGCUAAAGAUACGAUUACUGUCACUGAUGGUGAGACACAGCCCUUGGAUCCCAAUGCAGAGCCUAAGAAGAAAAAGAAGUAUCUGAAAGAACUGGCAGUCUGUAUAUUGUACCUGAAGUUUUGCUGGAUACGGUAUAAGAAGUGAACGGAAUGGGG